AUGUGGCUGACGACUUGCCUUGUACUUCUAGCUGUCUCCAAUACAAGUCAUGGCGUAUCUUCCAAAAUGGAUUUUGAAAACGAACAAGACUCCACAGCAGUUGUCAGUAAUUCCAGUAAGGUAGAAGAUGAAGAUGUUGAAGUAAAGCAUACAAUAGUUGUAUCAACAAAACUCAAGAACAAUAAUCGUAGGGGUCUACAUAGCAACAGUGAUGGAGAUUCUGGUGUUCUUUCUUACAAUAUAGGACACACACAAAGAUCAAACAAAGACACCGACAGCGAUGAAGUACCAGUUAUUCCGGGAUAUAAAGCUGUACAAACUACACAAAUUACAACUCCAGAUAGUCGUCAUAAACCUCAAAUUUUCCCUGACUCGGUUUUCAUUAACCGUAACAUAAGGGACGAGUAUGAUGUCAUACCGAAUUUGGCUACAAAUCCGAUGCAAUGGAAGCCUUCUAAUUAUUUCAAUAAUAUAAAUUGGUGGAACCAUGGCGACAGACAACCAAGUUUUGUAAGAAGAUUCGAUAGACCUAUAGGAAAUCAAAACAAUUUCUAUAGAAAAACCGCUAAUGAUGGUGUGAGGGAGUUCUAUUGUAAAAAAUGUAUGGAAAUGAGUAAUGGACAGAUAAAAGGAUGUAUUCAACAGCGCAGUAAAUCGUGGUAUGUAGAAACAACAACAAACAAGAUAAAGUUAGAUGGUAAAUUGGCGAAAUUAAACUAAUAGCUCGCUCCAUUGUUUUUGUUCAUCCCGUGCACGUACCUAAUGUUGGGUAGCAAAAACGAGACGGUGAUAUGAUCUGUGCAACCUUGAAAAGUUGAGAGCCAUAAUGAUAUUCCAUAAUUGCAUCCAUCUCUGCUAAUGUUAUA